GAUCAAAACUGUCCUUCAUCAGACACGCCGCGGGUGUGGGUGUCGGUCUGUCAAUAUAGCAAUUGCGCUCCGGUGAGGAUGGUCUUGCCCUCCCCGCCCGACACAGUGAGCCUCUUCUGGCUUGCCUCUCUGAGCAGAGUGAUCAGCCCCUUGGGGCGUGGCUUGUAGGGCGACAGAACCACACACUUGAGGCGAGGGAAACUCUCAAAGACCGACACAACACACUCGGCAAACGACUGGAACAGACCCUUCUCUGCCGCAUCAGUGAGAGAGGGGCCAGUGCGGCCGCAAUAGCCAUCCCAACGCAGUAACAGAUGCAUCUCGAGGCGAGACACACGACUUGCCAUGACCUGCCUGCCUGCCUCCCUGUCCCCACCGUACACACGCCAACCGACAGCCAAAUUCUGACUCUGGGGGGGAUCAUAGCUGAGCGUGGUGUAGUUGAAGCUAGGGGAUGGAAAAUCGAUCUCACUCUUGACGCACACAGUGACAUCUCGCCUGCCUUGAGCACAGAGAUGGGCCACACCGGCAGGCACGAGACACAGCGUAGCAUUGGGAUUGGCGGGAGUAAACAGCCCAAACGUGAUAUGGUCGAUGGAUUGAAGUCCACUCAGCACCUGCCCCGCCCCUCCCUCAAAGAACUCUGCCCCUCCCCUCUGCUUGACCCACACAGACUUAACAUUGGGGAACAUCGCGCGAGGAUCAGACGUUACGUACGAAGGCAGCACACCAUCCCCAUCAUAGGCUGGCCCAUCCCAGUCGAUCGUGAGCUCAUUCACACGUGGGAAAACGAGUGGACCGAGGUCGGGCACACCAGCACUCGCACGUGCUUUGAGUGUGACCCUGUCGGCCUGGGCGCAGCACAUGUGGAGUGUGGGCAGCGCUGGGGCGACGGGUGGGGCCGCGCUGGUGAGCGGAAGGCGGAGUGCGAGGCCCUCUCUGCGCCGAUACCCGUCGUAGGUGUGGUAGCUCUCAGUGGCGCCGUGUGAGAGGCAGGUGGUACGGAAACGAUGCAGCGCCUAAUAUAUGGGACAAAGACAGAAGACUCAGGACACCAAUGGACCACCAAGCAUGAAUGGGUGCUCAGUCUGCCACUCACGCGGAUGAGUUUGGUGUCUUUGAUCGUAUUGAGUCCCAUCUCAACGUGACGAAGCGGCCCUCCGCCAUUGUCCGUGCCGAUGACGUCGAUGAGUUGUGCCGGAUCGCCGCUGCCGCCUGCGAAACCCCAGUCGGGGUACGAGAAGUCCACCUGCCCAGUCAGGCUCCCCUGAGAGAGAAAAGAAUGCAUGGCAGAAGAAGUGUCUGUCUGUCUGUCUGUCAGUCUCUGUGGUGCUCUCGUGGUCGAUUGUCAUCUCACCGGAUGCUGUGUAUCUUAUCGCACUCGCUACUUCACCGACAUGCCGGUAGUUUGCGUAGACGCCGCCUUCGUGCACGACAGCCAUUUCGUCACGCUGCAUGGCACACAAGGCACCAAGUAGAGUCUUUACGGCCUUUGCUGCCCACUUUCCUGCUUGCCUCCCGUCGUACUGUGUCAGGGAUGAAGUGCAGGGACGAUAGGCCCGACGACGCGUUGCGAACCAACGCCCUGGCGAACCCACUGACACCGACAAUGCUCAGCUCCUUAAGUACGGGCAGGUCGUACUUGCGCCUGUGUGCGAUGCUCUCCCACACCGAGCCGACCGUCGCCUUGCGCAGCUUGGGGAACGCAGUGGGGCUCUCGUUGCUCAGCACCUCUGCGAUGUUCUGCCCUCUCCGCUGCCGUGUGCCUUGGAGCUCGACGGUCUCGAUGGUGGCCGCGAGCUGCUCAAGCAAAGUGACGAGCCGAGGGGUGGGGCGGUGAUGCACAUGCAGGGAGCGACACUGAGACACACGACCUGCAAAUACGAAACAGGCAUUUGAGAAUGGACAUGAGCGAGAGAGGGAGAGGGAAAGAGAAAGAGAGAGGGAGAGGGAGAAGGGAGAGAGAAAGAGAGAGAUCUCACCGGGCAGUUUGGCUGCGGUGCGUUUGGUGGGGUUUGCGUAGAUGUCGACGAUGGGGUGUACAGCGGGCUGGCGGCUGAGGUGGCUGAAAUGUGUGUUGAUGGUGGAGAGGGAUGUCAUGAAGGUGUGGUAGCCGAGGUACGCGCCCAAGCCAAAGCCCUCCUCGGUCGUCAUCCACAGCGCCUCAGGCAACUCCUCCAAACCAGACCUCACCUGACACGUCCACAGAACGCACAGAGAAAUGAUGAACCCACCCACCCUCGACGGAGCUCUUUGUGUGUAUGCGCGUGUGUGUCGUGCCCACCUCAUGUUGGUUGAGUUUGUCCAUGGUCUUUAGGAUGACGUCGAGCUUCUUGACACAUGCUUCCACCUGCUGCUUGGCCGUCUUGUCCACGGUGGAGAUCUGGAUGUCCGCCUCGCACCUCACCAUGGCCGUAAGCACACGGUAGUGGCGGUCAACCUCCUGAAAGCAGAAGGAGAGGCGGGAUGUCUAUGGAACAAAGGUAGCUGUGUUGUGUGUGGCGGCUAACCUGCAUGUGUUUCUGUUUGGCGAAUGUGUUGGGGGCGGGGAGGGCAGCCUUCGCAUCCAACAUCUGCUGCGCCUGUGGAACAAACACAACACGCGGGAAAGAUCACACAGUGGUAUAUGUACAGUCCUCGCCCUGUCGCCUCCACCCUCUGGUCCCUCAUUUACUCACCUUAGCCUUUGCUUCGUUGACCAUGUUGAUCUGUGCCUGGAGUUGCUCUGCCACCUCGGCAAGAGCCGCCAACGCUUGCCCAUGACCCACCUCACCAACAUCCUGGCAAAAUGCAUAAGACACGGCAAAUACAGCAAAUACCGUCCAUUGUUUAGCCCAUCGACUCGUUGUCUUUGGAUCUGUGUCGAUGUCGUCCCGUGCGCACCUCCAUCUCGACGUCGUCAGGCGUCAGUGGCUUUGUCCUGGCCUUCUUGACGUCCUUCCUCCCCUUGUUCUUCUUGUUCUUCGCCGCACGUCGGGCAUGAGCAUAGCCCUCCCACUCGGAGUUGUCGUCUGAAUCCACGCUGCUCUCGGAGAACAAGGAGCGCCGCUUGCGAUCACGACCACCACCACCACCACCAACACCACCAGCAGCGGCAGCGGCGGCGGAUGAGGCGGCCAUGGCGGCCUUGCGAACGGGACGAGCCGGUCGGUCCUUGACGUCCAUCGUGACAAAGGGGGAAAGAGAGGAAAGAAAU